CUGUGGUGACGUGCGCCCAAGGCCGGAAGGUGUGCGGUUCUUCGUUAUCGAAAAUAAAUUAUUUUAUUAUUUUUCUAUAACUUAUCUUAACACGCGAUAGUUCCGUGCGAAAUACGUUACUUACAUUUUAAAGAGUUCAUGUGAAAUUUUUGCAUUUUUACGGCAAUAUAUCUGUGAAUUAAAGCGACUAGGAUAGGGAAUCACCGGUUCCCGAAGUAAACAUUUGAAUUUCUUGGAUUUCUUCAUGUGUGAUGGGAGAUAGUGACUGGAGACCGUUUAUUUACGGCGGCCUUGCGUCGAUCGUCGCCGAAUUUGGUACAUUCCCAAUAGACACUACAAAGACCCGUCUACAGAUCCAAGGUCAGAAGAUAGACCCUCGCCAUGUGGAGCUCCGGUACACAGGCAUGGUUGACUGCUUCGUUAAGACUUCUCAGCAGGAGGGAGUCAAGGCACUGUACUGCGGCAUCUGGCCAGCGGUCCUGCGACAAGCGACAUACGGCACGAUAAAGUUCGGCACGUACUAUUCCCUGAAGUCCUGGAUCGCGGCGAACCGCGCUGAUGGCGGCUCCAUCGAGCACCUGCCUACCAACACCUUCUGUGCGGCCUUCGCAGGAGGCCUGUCGAGUGCCAUAGCUAACCCUACUGAUGUGCUUAAAGUUAGGAUGCAGGUAGGCGACGAGAAGCGCGGCCUAGUCCGCUGCUUCGGCGAGAUCUACCGGCUGGAGGGGCUGCGCGGGCUGUGGCGCGGCGUGGGCGCCACGUCGCAGCGCGCCGGCGUCAUCGCGGCCGUGGAGCUGCCCGCCUACGACGCCUGCAAGAAGCGCCUCACGCCGGCGCUGGGGGACUCGCCCCUUAACCACUUCGCCUCCAGUCUCAUCGCCAGUCUGGGCAGCGCUGUGGCUAGUACGCCGCUUGAUGUUAUACGGACGCGGCUAAUGAACCAAAAAAAACUGAAGGGUCAGGUGGUCAAGUCUACUGAGACGAUAUACAAAGGCACGAUAGACUGCUUCCUACAGACGGUCCGUAACGAGGGUUUCCUGGCACUAUACAAGGGGUUCGUGCCGACUUGGCUGCGCAUGGGACCCUGGAACAUCAUCUUCUUCCUCACCUACGAGCAGCUCAAGAUCCUCUACUGAACUGUGACCUAGUCAUAUUGCCUGGGAAUGGACGGCAGCUGAUGAUGUGAUGAUGACGCUGAAUAAAGCUAGUCAGCGGGUCGAGAUGAGUGAGCUUAUUGUUCGUAGUUAUAGUGACUGCACAUAACUGAUCUACAUACUAUAUAUCUAUAGAUAUACUAUCUUCGUCACCACAAACAAUAGACAAGUAAAUGUAGAAAUAUGGGGGUACACUGAAGACUUAUUCAAUCCCCUCCACUAGGAUGGUUAGAAUAAUAGUGAAUUUAGACCUUAACACAGUCAACAUAAGGCACCUUUUUGAAUCAAUGUACAGAAUAUAAUGAAAAUAGAAAGGAUAGGUGUCGCAGCUUAAUAGUGAGGGUUAUUUAAAAUUGUUAAAAGAGCUUUUGUAGGUUAUUUUAUGUUAAAAUCGUGCAGAAACUCGCUUUAUUUAUUGAGGUUCCUUCUUAGAUUUUAAGUUGAAGGUUUUGUGAUAAGUUGUCGUUGUAUUAUACAGACUUUUUAAUAUGCUAUAAAUUAUGUUGAGGUUGGUAAAGUCGGGAGAUCUGUGUAUAAUACUGAUGUACUAUUUCCGAUGGGAUUUAAGCGUAAAAGUAGUGAUGUCUACUCACUUUAGUAAUUAAGCGUAGUUUACACUAAUCUGUAUAUUUUAUACAUGUUGAUGUUAAUUGUUAACUUUUGUGAAUGUUUAUCUUGGAGAAAUAUCUUCGUAUUUGAGAUUGUUGUUGCAUAUAAACACUGUAUGUGUCUACUUAUGUGUAACCAAUGCUUACACGUAAGACAUUUAAUGAUGCUUUUAAUUAUAAACUGUGGUGAAGAAUGUUGUGUCAUUUUGUGGUUUGUGAACGGUACAGACUGAAAGUCUAAAGCCUGAGAUGAUGAUGAUGAUGAUGAUGAUGUGGUGAUGAUAGACAUAUCAUGUGAGAAUGAGAUUAAAGCACGCAGUGCUGACUCUUAGACGAAUAUAAUUGUUAAUAUUAUCGGUUUUUGUACAGUUAUUUUGUAGUUAUCAUGUGUUGAUCUAUGAGCCUUUAAGCAUAUGUGAUUAUAUUCUGGUAUGACUAUGAUCAUAAGCUUGUAAAAUAAAUAUUGAAACCAUAGACAGAUGGUUGUACUUCUACAUGGGCAUUUAAAAUAUUUUCUAUAGCGAGACAUAGACCGUCUUACCACAAAAACUUUUAAACGUCGGUUUAAGCCUUGUCUAAAAAAAUGUCAAAUUAUAACGUUGACAUAUGGUUCAUUUUGCAGCCACAAUUUUUUUAGACUAGUGUAAAACAGGCGUUUAAGUUUUUGUAGUAAGGCCAAUAAAAUCUUGCAUUUUUAAAUACAUUGUAUGAUUUUUGGGGAAUUCUUGAACAUUUACGUAAAUACAAAGAUGAAGAGAAGUGGUUGUAAAGAAAUUAGAUUUUAAGUAGAACAUUUUUUAUUUAUGCAAUGUUUUAUUUUGAAUGUAACUUUUAUAAUAUUUAUCCUUAUACGUACAAAGUUUGUUAAAUAAAGCAUUUUUCCUUGAUAAAGAAAUAGAUCUUUAAAAUACUUUAGGCCAGCUCUCAGUUUUCCAAGGCUGUUUAGAAGACAACAUUUUAAAUAAACAAUACAUAUUAAGCAAGUUUUGCCCACUUCGUAACUCACGAAGUAAGGUCAAGAACCAAGGCUGUUGAACUCUAUUUCAAUGUGAGCAAUGAUGAUAUUCCCCUGGCAUAGAAUGCCGCUUCGGCAAGUGUUUGCUGGCUAUAAGUAUACCUAUGUAUGAAUGUAUGUAAAUGUCGUGUGAAACACUAAGUAUAGAAGCUUACUGUGAAUAUACACUAGGUACAAAGAAUUAGCCAAAUUAAUAUAAUCCAAAUAUACACACUUGUAUAGUA